GGCACGCGAGCACUUGAGGCUAAUGUACUUACACUGAAGAAAACUGUUGACUCCAAAAGCUCCCGUUAUUUAACUUAUACAGAUCAGUAAUGAAGUAAAGAAUCAGGUAAAGUUCAAGGAAGUUCAGAAUGGCAUUUGAUGGGCACCAGAACACAUUUACAAAUUCACUCUUUCCCACAUACCAGCGUCAGGCUAGUGUAAAUGUAGCAGGUGGAAACAAAAGUAGUGUGGCAUUGCCUUUCGUUUCCAUGCCUAGCGUCUCAUUGCAGGAACAGGACACGGCAUCCUACAUGCCCUGGUCCCACAGUGCUCAUGAUGAUCCAUUUGGCCUUAUCAGUUGUGGCCAGAGCAGCAUUAAAAGCAGGAAACCCACUGAUAAUCCUGAUUGUGACGGGGAGACUGACCUACAGGGUCUAGUGUCAAAUAUCUUGGAUGACGCAGAUUCACAAGACCACUACUACAGUGAACGGAGCCUACCCACAUGUAAUCCUGUCUGGUCUCCAAAGACAUUGAGAGAAGAACUGCUACAGUAUUUUCAAUCGGAGGAUAAAACGCAACAAAAUCCUAACUUUCCUCCACACUAUGUAUCCUGUGAGGCUUUAAGUAAAGCGCAGGGACUGUCAGUGGACAAAGAUGUUGAAGAGUUUAGUCAACAGUCCAAAGGCUUUGCUACCAAUCAGCAAUGGCUUUUUAACGGAGACGGGGACAGCUACACCCUUCGUCCUCAGAAACCGCCACCAGGUCUACCAAUACCCAAUAUGGGAAACACCUGCCUGUCACAGAUGCAACAAAGCAAAUAUGCCAACACGUCAGCUGAUAGAGACAGAGGGAAUAGUCAGCCUUUGAAUAAUUUUCCUGACCUCAUUGAUGUCUUUAGACCUCAAACAGAAAUGAAGAGCCCAUGCUUUCAUCCAUAUUAUGAAGACCACACCACCCAGAGCAGCCCAAAGCCCAUCAGUAAUGAGCAGUAUGUGCCACAAAACAUUAAUCAAUUGGUCAGCAGUUUUCAGUCGUUCAUGGCUGGUGAGCAUGAUAGCUUAUGUCGUGGUGACUUUCCAAACAUGCACAAGCAGACAGUGGGCAUGCACCAUGAAGACAGCAUGGUUGAACAAUGGAAAAUCUCCAGUCCUGCAAUGUCAACACAAAGUACUCCUGUAGUGUGGACCCAAAAACAGCUGGUGACAGAAUUUGGGACAGUGCAGACGGAAAGAAAUGGAGGAGUGAGGAAACAGACGUUUAAGCAUGAUGCCUUUCAAGAUCUACCUGGUUUCGGCCCUCAAAACACAGAGUACUUCCAGCCAACAAAACCAUUCUCUGCAUCUUUAAACCUCCCAAACCAAUACCAGAGCAAGAUGACCAUGCACAGAGAAAAACCUUCACUUCCCUUUAAAAUGAGCAUGAACCAGUAUCCAAAGCAUUACAUCCAGCAGGAGCCGAUACAGAGCAAGUUCAAGCCACAGAUGCAGAAGGAAAAGAUGAGGAUGCAUAUGCCUGGCUUUCUGGGAGAAGGUUUCUCUACAAGACCCCUAACCAACACUAAUAUGAGAGGGGGAGACAUGAAACAGGCCCUCUCACAUAACCCGUAUGUUGACCACCUGGGGAGCAUGCAGUCUCAGAGAUUUGAUGAAGAAACCACCAUGGUGAGUGCAGGGAAUACACAGCAGCUCAUGUAUCCUGUAAAUGACCACAGACGACACUCCAGCGCGCCCAUCAACUCCUCUAACUUCAGUUCAAGAUCCAUGCUGCCCUAUGGAAGUGGUGUUCCUGGCAUGGACGUGGGUGAUAUGAUGUCAGCGAAUGAGUGUGCCGCUUUCAACUCCUAUGCCAGUGACAUGAUGACCCGCAGAGGAGAGAGCACUUAUCAUGGCAUGGGCUCAGCCAUGACAAUGUCAAUGGUGAUGAAUCAAGGAGGACCUGUGAUCCAGCUUUACUUAUACCUGGACGAGUGUUAUGAGCAGUGGAGGUGUUUGGAGAAGGAGAGAAAGAGGACAGAGGUCAUCCUCACCAAGACACAUGCUGGAAAAAAGACUGCAGCAGUGACCAACACUAACCUACCCAAAACUCCACCAAACCCCACAAGAGUAGACCACCUCAUUGUUAAUCACAUGAGAGAACAAGCAAGGGUGGCAAGCCUUCUGGAUAGAAUGGAGUGUCUGCACAACAUUUCCCUCCAUAUCAACAUCCACACUGCACUGAACAGACAUCAUAUGGCUAUUUGCAUCACCCAGGCAAGACGGAAGGAGGAGAUUGCCAGCAUGUCCAAACACCAGCGGCAGAGAGUUCAUUUUACAGAGGACAGAGACACCCUGUUGUUGGUCAUUGCACUGAAGGACCUUGCUGCUACCACUAGGAAGCUCCGCACAGCCCUGUGGUGUGCUCUCCAGAUGACACUACCGAAACCUGUCAAUAAGCAGGACCACCAUUUUAACAGGGAGGCCACAAACAGAGAGAGGUGCUUCUCUCCAUUUGAGGGAUACUCUUUUAAGUUAUGAUUUAGCAGGCAACAAGCAUGAUUUAAUUAAAACCACUUCAGAAUGCCCUGAUUAUAAAUUUCCCACAGGCAAUAGGGUGAUGUAAAAACAAAUGUUAUCUGCAAGUCUACAGUGACAUUUUCCUACAACACAGUGAUCACUGCAUAAUAUGAGAUGAGCAAUUUGAAGCUUGACGAUGGCUGCACUUUUUGGCACCCAGGAGCUUCUGUUGACUAACUUUUGUUGUGUAGGAAUUGCAUGAAAUGUAAUUUAUCCUGCUGCAUCUUAACUUUUUCAUUUAAUUAGUGUCGGUUCCAAAUUAACGUGAAUCUUGCUCCAUCACAGUUGUAUUUAAAGGCACUAUUUAUGUGUAAGAUUUCAGUGAAUUCCUCAUUGUUUUACUUAUUUAUUUAAAUGUAUUGGAACCUCAGUUCUGGGUAUUCCCAAGCAAUAAUUGAAUCAUAAGGGCAGUAGUUUAAAAUGAACAUGCUAAAUAUUGAAAUGUUUUCUAAAAUGUUCCAAUUAAUUUUCAGCUUCAGUUUAUGUAACCUUCACAUGCUGUAAUCAAAAAAAAAAAAGUUUUAUCUGUCUGUAAUUUGGUAAAGUUUGAACUAUCCCAAAGAUACUCAAACUUCUGCAAAAAGUUAAUGUUUUAAAUUUAAAUGUAUCAAUCACAUUUUCCAUUAGAAACGUAUAUUAACAAAUAUCAUUCCUAUCAGUGAAAUGUAACAUAGCUAACUUAAAGUAAUUCUCUGGAUGCAGUUUAAUAUGCACAUGCUAAAUUAUAAAAGGUUUUCUGAAAUGUUCCAAUUAAUUUAAGACCUUUUGCCUCAACACUGUAUUCAGAAAACUGUUUUAUCUGUAAUUUGGUCAAAGGUUUGAACUGUAAGAAAAGAAACUGACUUUCUGAAAGUUCAGCGUUUUAGAAUUUAAAUGUAUUAAUCACACUUUUCCAUCUGAUUAUUUUCAGAUAAUACUAUCAAACAGUAUUCUUAUCAGUGUGACCGUUUGUCAGCUAGGGACUAAAGCUUGUAUCCAUUAUAAAGCUAAGUCGAGCAGCAGUUCUUUGGAAGCAUCAGUCUGUAGACAUUUUCUGUAUCAGUACUCCCGACUAUGCUUUGUGAAUAUGAGCAGUUCCAUUCGCUGCCAUUUUAAUGUUCAUGUUUGUUUUUUUUCCCUUGUUACUUGUUCUGUAAAUGGUAAUUUUAAAAAUAAAGCAAUCCAAAUUUGA